GAGUAGUCGUUUGAAAAUUUAAUUGAAUUUUGCCCAAGAAUCUACAGUUAAUGAAGCCGAAUUUGUGUUAACUCAAGCCCCUAUAAAGACGUAUAAAAAUGUGUUUUGCACGAGUAUGACCUGCAGAUAAGUAAAGUUAGACACAAAUUUGGUUGACAUAUUUACUGUGUUGAUUCUAAAUUCUGAUUUCAAGUUCACCUACUCCAGUGCCACGAGCCCUAAAAAAAUGGCGAAUCUUGGGAUAACCCAACGCUAUCCAGAAAUAAACUUACUUUGCUUAGCUUUGUUAAUAAUCAUCACUGGCAGAAUCAACAUUACUCAAGGGAAUGCCAUCGAAUGUGGAACGGUAAAUUUAUAUCGUGAACUCAUCUUAGGUGGAAGUGAAGUGCUUAGAGAUGAGUGGCCGUUCAUUGCGGCGCUGUAUUAUUCUACAUCAUUAAAAUACUUCUGUGGCGGUACAAUAAUAUCCAAUAAACAUGUGCUCACAGCCGCCCAUUGUAUCCAGGGAAAGUUUUCAAAUGUUAUUCUUUCACCUGAUGAGAUAACUAUACGUCUUGGAGCUUACAAUCUUACAGCGGUAAAUGAGUCUGGAGUCGUUAACAGAAAUGUUACUCAGAUUCAUAUGCAUCCUGAUUGGAGCGUACUCGAAGAAAAAUAUGACGCAGACAUUGCAAUUUUAGUUCUCAAUGAAAAUGUUACGUUUUCAAGUAACAUUCGUCCAGUUUGCUUACCUACGGACGAUGUUAAUAUUGAGGAAGUUAAAGGAAUGGUUGUCGGCUGGGGUGUAACGGAAAAUGGAACUGCUGAAGGAAUUCCAAGACAAACCGAAACGAUGGCGUUGAAUGAUUCGUACUGUUACAGAACGGAUAAUGUUAUUGCAAGGUACUCUUCGGAACGUUCGUUUUGCGGGGUGGGUAACGGAACUCCCAACAAAGGAGACUCUGGCGACGGGUAUUUUGUGGUUAUUGGCUCCGCCUGGGUUCAAUAUGGCACUGUAUCAGUGGUUCGCACGAACGCCACUGGACAUGUGGUUGUAGGCUCAUUCGCCAUCUACAUGAAAAUAACGUCCUUAAAACACUGGAUAGCCGACACAGUUAGACAAUCCGGAAGUUCAGUAAGCGAAGCAACAAUUAAAAUUAAUCUGCACUGUAGCUAUGGGUACGAUGGUGAUGGGAUUUAUGGUUGCUGGCUGCUCGAUUUGAACAUUCGAAAACCGAAUUUUGUGGUAAAUUCAGUCACUGGUUCUCAUAUGCUUCAAAGGGAGGAUAAGGAUGUUGAGCUGAUUGCAUUUGUGGGUGGUGUAAUGCAUUUUCUUCCUGAUAACGUUGGUAAUAUUUUCAAAAACUUAAAGUACCUGGGAGUAGGAAAGCCUAGUUCAGUGUCUAUUGAUACCGAGCGCAUUUUUCGGUCAAAUUUUCAGAACUUAGAGCACUUGGAAGAAAUUAUAUUGAUGAAUAAUGCAAUUGAGGAAUUAGAUGCAGAUUCUCUAUGGGAUCUGCCGAAUUUGCAAUCAUUUCAACUGAAAAAGAAUAAACUGAAAUUACUUCAUGCGUCCACAUUUAGCAGAAAUUCCAAACUGACGACAGUGUUCGUUUUGUCGAAUGUCUUAAAAGCGCUGCCUCAGAAUUUAUUCGAAAAUAAUCCUUUGCUCGAAGUUGUGGCCUUUGAUGGAAAUUCAAUUGAGACGAUAGCCGAUGGAAUUUUUGAUACGAAUAUCAACCUGAAAACAGUUUCGAUUAAAGGAAAUCGCUUGGAAUCGCUCGGCAGUAAUUUAUUUCCAUUUAACUCAGAAUUGGAAUCCAUUGAUUUCUCUAACAAUGCUCUCAAGACCAUUGACGAACAAAUUUUUAAAACAAAUUCCAAACUUAUAAAACUUGCCAUCGCAUCAAAUGAGUUGGAAUAUAUACCCCCACUGCUAUUGCAGAACAAGACGCUGAUGAAGGAAAUCAAUUUCAAGAAAAAUUUAUUAAAAUCAAUAGACGAACGAUUGUUCGAAACCAACAUUAGGAUUAGUGAGAUCUAUCUCUGGUCGAAUCAGCUGAAAACUCUGCCCAGAAAUUUAUUCCACAACAAUUUAGUACUGGAAGUGGUCGAUCUUGGUAAGAAUUUCAUUAGGACGAUAGAUGAGACUCUCUUCGAAACCAACGUUUUACUUCGAAAAAUCUCUUUAGAGUCCAAUCGCUUAAAUGAAUUGCCCAGACACUUGUUCAAACAUAAUUCAUUGCUCGAAUUUCUAAAUGUUCGAAGCAAUUUCUUGGCGACAGUAAACGUAAACACGUUUGAAUCGAAUGGAAGGCUUAGGGAAGUCUAUUUCGAAGGAAAUUAUCUCACAUUCUUACCCACGGAAUUAUUCAAAAAUAAUUUACUGCUUCGGAUCGUUGAUUUGGGAAAUAAUUCAUUGGAAGCAAUAGACGAGCGACUUUUCGAAGUGAACCUUAAUAUCCGUCAAAUCUUUCUCUCGGACAAUAUAUUGGACACCCUACCGACAAAUCUGUUUCGAAAUAAUUCGUUACUGGAAAUCGUUGAUCUGUCCAAAAAUUUCUUUGAAACAAUCGACGAAAAUAUUUUCCGUACAAAUUCAAGACUCACGAAAAUUUCUUUCGAAGGAAACCAAUUGCAAUCGCUGCCGAGAAACUUAUUCCAAGGCAACGAUUUGUUGCAACACAUCGACUUCCGUGGCAAUUCCUUGAAGGUUAUUGGAAUUGAUUUCACUGAAUAUAAGAGAGCUUUUUACAUUAAUCUGUACAAAAAUGUUUGCGUAGACGCCGUGUUUUUCAAUGUUGACGGCCCUUCAACUGAGACAAUUCGCAAUAAGUUUAAAAAUCUAACAGAAUUUCAGGACCUACUCAUAGCUAACUGUUCUUAUCCUCCUAUUAAUCCUCCAUCAUCUCGCAUCAUUUCGGUAGAAUAAGCUGCUUUUGUUGAUGGAAUAAAAAUGUUGGUAUACAAAGCAUCAAUAAAGUUGUCAAUACAGUUACCCAAUUAUAUUAUGACUACGGUUGUGGGAUUCAUUCCUUUUACAUCCUACAC